AUGUCGGCACUGGCAGUGGAAUCGUGGUCGUGGUUUGGCCUCUGUGUAUUGGUUGUUACUGCGCGACUGAUAUCCCGUACGAUCCUUCAUGGAUCAGUCAAGAACCUCCAGAUUGACGAUGCGUUGAUCGUUUUCGCUACCUGUAUCUAUACAGUCUUGAUUGUGGGCAUGCAGGUCAUCGCCAACACGAACUCCAACUUAAUCCCUCCCGAGCACGGCCUUGACUUCGAUCCCGAAGACAUCAAAGAGAGGAUCCAUGGCAGCAAAAUGGUUCUUGUGGUGGAGCAAUGCAUGUGUGUUACGAUAUGGACGAUCAAGGCCUGCCUCCUAAUCAUGUACUCGCGAUUAACGACGACUCGCAAGCAAGUACUCACCUUGAAGAUUGUCGCCGCCUACGUUGCGUUCAGCUUUGUGUUCAUGGAAGUCUUCUACCUGGGAGUGUGGUGCCGACCGUUCAGCGAAUACUGGGCUGUCCCACCCGGAAACGUCCAGUGCUCCGCAGCCACCAAUCACUUAAUCACCAACGCUUUCUUCAACAUUUCAUCCGAUCUCAUGAUCAUCGCCAUUCCUCUCCCAAUCUUCAUCCAAGUUCAGUUGCCGCUGAAGAAGAAGGUAAUCCUCUGCGGCAUAUUCGGACUCGGGAUGUUCACAAUCCUCUCCGCCGUCCUGAACAAAUUCUACAGCUUCACCCAACCCUUCGGCUCCCUCUGGACCUUCUGGUACAUCAGAGAAGCCUCCACCGCCAUGCUCACAGCCAACAUCCCCUUCACCUGGACGCUGCUCCAGCGCGCCUUCAAGCUGCGCUCCUUCGCGGGCUCAGGCCACCACCGCAGCCGCUCACGGACGACGUACCAUCAGUUCAACGGCACUGUGGCGUCCCGCUUCGGCCGCCACAGUACGGCUGGGGAUUUAAACCGCGCGGAGAGCCAGGAGAAUAUCAAUAAGGGCGAGGUUCCGCUGGAGAUAUGGCAGAAUACGCGGAUUGAGGUUUCGUCGACGGAGAGUCCGGGUGUGGAGGAGAUGCCGAGUAUGCCGGUGCCGGGGAUGGAGAAAGCGGUUCUUCCGGGGAAGCGGUAUCCGAGUGGUUGA